ACCUUUCCAUUUGGAAAAAUAAAAUUACUACUAUUAAUGUUAUUAUAAACUGAAACUCAUUCAUUUUAAUUAAAUUAAACAUUAAAUUGUGAUAACCAUGUUUUAAUCUUAUAAUUAGUUGUAUUAUCUAUGUUUAACAUUUAAGAAGCAACAUCUAAACAAAUGGAAUAUGAUAAUGAUGAUAACUCAUGGAGAAGACCGUCCACCACUCAGCAGAAUAAAUGUCAUCGGAUUCCAAAGAGGUCGACCACAACUGCAGUAGUAGUGCUGGGCUUGGCGGUACUGAGCUGUCUCCUUGGAUACUGCGUUUUGAGCGAAACAUUACCUUAUGAAUCUAAAACUCUUCGUUUGGUUAUUAUCUUGUUUCGUCAUGGUGCCCGAACUCCGGUUUCAACAUAUAGAAGUGAUCCCUACAGGAACUACCAGUGGCCCGAUGGAUAUGGUAGUCUUACAAAUGUGGGAAAGAUGCAAUUGUACGAAUUAGGAAAGAAAUACCGCAGCUACUAUGCCAACUACAUACCCGAGGACUAUUAUGAGAAAAACGUGUACGUACAGAGCAGCGACAAGUCUCGUUGCAUGAUGAGUGCGUACACAUUCCUGGCGGGACUAUUCCCUCCGUCGCAACGGCAAACUUGGCAUGCGGAGUUGCCAUGGCAACCAAUACCGGUCCACUCACUGCCCCGGCUUCUUGACAAUAUAGUGGCAGGCACGAAGCCUUGUGCGAAAUGGAAAGCCAUGUACGCGGAGCAGCUAGCUGAGAAAAAUUCCGAUCCGAAAUUCAAUGAGGUAUUCGAGAAUUUAUCGAAAUACACGAACCAGACGGUCCGCAGUGUUCUCGACGUCGACUACUUGUACAGCACCUUGGCCACGGAACAGGAAGCUGGCCUCAAACUUCCGGAAUGGACAAAAAAUUUGUUUCCUCACAAAAUGAGACUACCCUUCAUGCUGAGUUUAGCUUUGCUUUCUUACAACGAGUCCAUGCAACGGCUUCAAAUAGGUCCGAUGCUCAACGAGAUCCGUGAGAACAUGAACAAUACGUUUAAUCCAAGCUCUGGGUCGGAACGGUUGCUGCUGAUGUACUCGGGGCACGACGUGACCGUGGUGGCCUUGUGGAGGGCGCUCGGCUUCGGCGAGCUGCUGGAGCCGGAGUACGGAGCCAGCCUCGUACUCGAACUGCACGAGGACAUCGAACAGAAUCUCUUCUUCGUUAAGGCUUUCUAUCGUAACAAUACUAAAACAGAGAUGCCGAUGGAGCUAAAGCUGCCGUUCUGCGAAGAUCCAUGUGGUUAUAAACAAUUUUACGACCACAUAAGCAACCUGAUUCCUGAUGAUUGGGAAACUGAGUGUGAGAAUAAUGUUCAAGGUGAGCUCGCGGGGCUCAACCGGAGAGUUGCUAACACUGACCCUAGCAAGAGCAGUGCUUCGCAGAAUCUACCACCGGAUCGGAAACGCGACCCACUGAGAAGAUCCGGCGAGAAACUCAGUGGGCUUAAAGGGCUUCGCUGAAUCUACCACCAGAUCAAAAUCGCGACCCACUAAGAAAAUUCGGUGAGAAACUCUGUGGGUUGGGUGGUACCUACUUCGCAUUCAAUGAAAAACGGUAACCCCAACUAGACCGUGAUCUCAUUUCUAAUUUAAGCUAUAAAAAAAUUAGAAAACAUUCUUAAGUGACGAGUUAGAAACUUCUUAAAUCUGGAUGAUGGUUCACAAUGGUGAUCUAUGACUUGUACUAAUUAUUUUGCUAGCGUACAAUAUUGAUAGAUGAAAUUAUUACAACGCACACUCUUCCUUUUUAAUACGCUUUUAUUAGCUUGAGACGUAUGUAUGUUUGUAACGGAAUAUUUGAACAUGAUUUUGGCCCCCUUCAAAACGUCAGAUUAACUCGAAA